CAGUUAGUAGCAGUUUCUUUAUUGUUCGUGAGAAAGUUUGUGUUGUGAUCCGUCAGAGCCUCUGUGUGUCCGGAUAAACCUGUCUGAAUGGACUUUGUGCUGUUCACCUUUUCUUUCUGGAUGUUUUACCUCUGACUCAUCUCCCAGAAGACUACAAAGACAUUCAAGUUAGCUUAGCAUGCUAGCUGGUUAGCACCACAGCGCUAGUCAGAGUGACUGUUUAAUGGAGAGCAAACUGUGUUUCUGACGGAGUUUGUGUGGAGAAAAAGUUGGUGUCACUGUGUGAAAAAUGUCUAAAGUCCAAACGGUGAGAGCGCUGGUGGAGCAGCGACUGACUGCGGCUGCUGAAGAGAUAUUUGGGCUGUUUGAAAGAACGAUAGCAGAGUACGAGGAGGAAGUUUGUCGUUCAAAAGAGAAGAAUGAGCGACAACAGAAACUACUGGACGCUGUUUUCAACCCUCAGAUUCAGCUACACAGAGCAGACGUUCAGCAGCUGUCGGUGAGCGAAGAAGAGUUUCCCUCUGAGCAGCAGGAGAGGAGCUGCAGUCUGGACCAAGACCAGGACCAGGAGGAGCCAGAGCCCCCAUACAUUAAAGAGGAACAGGAGGAACCUUGGAGCAGUCAGGAGGGAGAGCAGCUUCAGGGGCUGGAGGAGGCUGAUAUCACCAAGUUCACAUUCACUCCUGUCCCUGUGAAGAGUGAAGAAGAUGAAGAGAAACCUCAGUCCUCACAGCUUCAUCAAACACAAACUGAACAGAUAGAAACAGAAGCUGAUGGAGAGGACUGUGGAGGACCAGAACCAGACAGGAACUCUGAUCCAGAUCCACAUUUACAACCUGAUACUGAGGACGAGUCUGCAGACUCUUCUGAACCUGAGACUGAUGACAGUGCUGACUGGAAGGAGACCAGGGAACCUCAGUCAGGUUUGAACUGUUUGAAAAAAGAUGGCGGCCCUGUCAGAGAUUCCAGAUUUAGUGCUGAUGAGAAACGAUUUAGCUGCUCUGAGUGUGGGAAAAGAUUUGGCUACAAGUACCAUUUGAAGAGACAUAUGAGACUCCACACAGUAGAGAAACGUUUAAGCUGCUCAGUUUGUAAGAAAGCUUUUACACAGAGUGGACAUUUAAAGUCACACAUGAGACUCCACACAGGAGAGAGACCUUUCAGCUGCUCAGUUUGUAAGAAAACUUUUACACUGAAUGGAACUUUAAAGUCACACAUGAGACUCCACACAGGAGAGAGACCUUUCAGCUGCUCAGUUUGUAAGAAAACUUUUACACGGAGUGCACAUUUAAAGUCACACAUGAGUCUCCACACAGGAGAGAGACCUUUCAGCUGCUCAGUUUGUAAGAAAACUUUUACACUGAGUGGAACUUUAAAGUCACACAUGAGACUCCACACAGGAGAGAGACCUUUCAGCUGCUCAGUUUGUAAGAAAACUUUUACACUGAGUGGACAGUUAAAGGCACACAUGAGCCUCCACACAGGAGAGAAACCUUUCAGCUGCUCUGUUUGUAAGAAAACUUUUACACAGAGUGGAACUGUAAAGUCACACAUGAGACUCCACACAGGAGAGAAACCUUUCAGCUGCUCAGUUUGUAAGAAAACUUUUACAGAGAGUGGAACUUUAAAGUCACACAUGAGACUCCACACAGGAGAGAAACCUUUCAGCUGCUCAGUUUGUAAGAAAACUUUUACACGGAGUGGACAUAUAAAGUCACACAUGAGAGUCCACACAGGAGAGAAACCUUUCAGCUGCUCAGUUUGUAAGAAAACUUUUACAUGGAGUGGACAUUUAAAGUCACACAUGAGAGUCCACACAGGAGAGAAACCUUUCAGCUGCUCAGUUUGUAAGAAAACUUUUAAACAUUGUGAAACUUUGAAGAAACACAUGAGACUCCACACAUGAGAGAAACCUUUCAUAAAUGUGCUGGCCGUUCAUCCUCAAAGUUUCAUCAAACUGAGGAGAACAAAGAGGCAGAGCCUCCAGCCAGCAGCCCGCAUGAAGAGAUGCAAACAUCUUCUUCAAUCUUUUUAAAGGACUCAAGAAAGAUUUUCAAGUCUUUUUUAAAUGCUACAAAGCUUGUAGUAACUUUUAUAAAAAUGUAAUCUGUUUGUAUGAAAUGUACCUACAAUCUCAAUAUAAUUAAACAAUACUUUCUUUUCCAUGAUGUGAUAUGAUAUUAAUUUUUUUAUUUUUUUUAUUUUUUUCAAAACAAACUUUCAUCAACUGAUAUUUUAAUUCAAUAUUUGAUUGUAGAAGUGUAACAUUUACAACUUUUUUAAACAGAAAAAAUA